GUUAAAAAGCGGAAGCCGUCAGCAGCGUGAGCAGACGACAGGCACAUGGCGCAGGGUGGUGGUGGAGGCAGCAGCAAUGGGAGGCCAUACAGCACCCUAUGACAAAAUGGAACCCACCAGCAGUGUGAGGAGACCUGAAAGUGGCACAUGGCAGAGUGUGGCGAUGGAGACAGCAGCAAUGGGAGGCCGUACAGGGACCCAUGACACACUCUGGACCUGGCAGCAGCAUGAGGAGGCGGUACAGGGGCCCAUGGCAGAGUGGCGAAGCGUAAGCAGCUUUAAAUUGAAGGCCAUACAGGGCCUAUGCGAUGCUGUG